UGGCGGGAAAAGGGGUAAAGAAUAAAAAAAUCCGAGCUCCAUAAUUCCCUCCACUCGGGUGGCCUGGGUGAGCCAUUCCAGACAGUAAUGUCAAAUUCCACCAUGCAAAUUUGAAGUCCAUGGCGUAGUCUCUGAAGAAACAUGCUUAGUAUUUGACGUACUCGAGAGAUGUACCAGAGAAAUCUACGAUCAAUCUGUAAGCUCAUUGCGCCACUCACAAAUGUUCAUACCACCACCUCCCAACACAUUCCAAGACCUUCCGAAUUUCCCACAACCCAACUUGCCUCAUUCUUGCAAUCUACUUCUUUUCCUUCAAAUCUUCAACAAGGCAAACAAGUUCACGCCCGGCUCAUCCUCAAUGAAAUUACUACCACCGAUCCCCUUCUUCUUGCUAUGUAUCUUCGUUGCGGUAGCUUCAACGAUGCCAAGAACAUGUUCUAUCGGAUUGAUUUGGGGUGUGUAAAGCGUUGGAAUUUGAUGAUCAGAGGGUUGGUUAAGAUGGGUUGGUUUCAUCUUGGCUUGUUGUUUUAUUUUAAGAUGCUGGGUUGUGGGGUUUCUCCUGAUAAUUUUACUUUCCCUUCUGUAGUGAAGGCUUGUAGUGGUUUAAAUAAUGUACGAUUUGGUACCUUGAUUCAUGAGGCGAUUAUGUCGAUGGGUUUCGAAGUGAAUGUGUUUGUGGGUAGUUCUUUGAUAAACUUGUAUGUAGAGAACGGUCAUGUUGAUCGCGCUCGUACAUUGUUUGAUAAAAUACCGGUGAGAGAUUGUGUUUUGUGGAAUGUGAUGCUUAAUGGUUAUGUUAAGUGCGAGGAAUUAGAUAAAGCUAUGGAGAUUUUUGAGGAAAUGAGGAAAGGUGAAACAAAGCCAGAUGAAGUGACAUUUGCCGCUAUUUUCUCUCUGUGUGCUUCGGAAGGAAUGGUGGAUUUUGGUACUCAGCUUCAUGGCCUUGUUGUUUGUUGCGGCUUGGAAUUUGAUUCUGUGGUGGCAAACGCACUUUUGUCUAUGUAUUCAAAAUGUGGGUGGUUGUCUGAUGCUCAUAAAUUGUUUGGAAUGAUGCCUCAGGCCGAUUUGGUGUCUUGGAAUGGAAUGAUUUCAGGGUAUGUACAGAAUGGGUUUAUGCAAGAUGCUUCAUGUUUGUUUAAUGAGAUGAUAUCUUCUGGUCUGAAACCAGACGCAAUCACCUUCUCAAGUUUUCUUCCAGCUGUUACUGGGUUGGGAUGUUUCAGAAAAGGCAAGGAAAUUCAUGGAUAUAUAUUAAGACAUGGAGUGUCAUUGGAUGUGUUCUUGAAGAGUGCACUUAUUGAUGUAUACUUUAAGUGCAGGGAUGUGGAGAUGGCACGCAAGGUUUAUAACCAAAGAACCGAGGUUGAUGUUGUCAUGUGCACAGCUAUGAUAUCAGGAUACGUGCUUAAUGGGAUGAACAAUGAUGCCUUAGAGAUUUUCAGGUGGUUACUUAAAGAGAAAAUCAGGCCGAAUGCUGUAACAUUGGCAAGUGUUCUACCUGCUUGUGCAGAUUUAGCUGCAUUAAAAGUGGGGAAGGAAUUGCAUGGUUAUAUCAUCAAGAAUGGGCUUGAUUGUGGCUGUCAUGUGGGAAGUGCUGUCAUAGACAUGUAUGCGAAAUGCGGAAGGCUGGAUGUCACUCAUGAUAUUUUCGGAAGAUUGUCUGAAAGAGAUUCUGUUUGCUGGAACUCAAUGAUUACAAGCUGUUCCCAGAAUGGAAAACCAGAGAAGGCGAUUGAUCUUUUUUGUUGGAUGGGGAGUACUGGAAUGAAGUAUGACUGUGUGAGUAUAUCAGCAGCUCUUUCUGCUUGUGCUAAUCUACCUGCACUACAUUAUGGGAAAGAGAUCCAUGGGUUUAUGAUUAAAGGUUCAUUCUGCUCCGAUCCAUUUGCUAAGAGUGCACUCAUAGAUAUGUAUGCCAAAUGUGGAAAUUUGGGUUCUUCUCAGCAUGUGUUUGACAUGAUGGAAGAGAAGAAUGAAGUUUCAUGGAACAGUAUCAUUGCUGCUUAUGGAAACCAUGGCCGCCUUGAAGAUUGUCUUGCCCUGUUUCAUGAGAUGUUGAAAAAUGAAAUUCAGCCUGAUCAUGUCACGUUUUUAGCUAUAAUAUCAGCUUGCGGGCAUGCUGGUAAAGUUGAUGAUGGAAUUCACUACUUCCAGAGCAUGACUGAGGAAUAUGGAAUCACAGCAAGGAUGGAACAUUAUGCAUGUGUUGUAGAUUUAUUUGGACGCGCUGGUCGUUUGAAUGAAGCCUUUGAAACUAUAAAGAGCAUGCCAUUCUCUCCUGAUGCUGGUGUGUGGGGUACAUUGCUAGGAGCCUGUCGAAAUCAUGGCAAUGUUGAGCUCGCUGAAUUUGCUUCAAGACAUCUUUUUGAUCUGGACCCACAAAAUUCUGGUUACUAUGUACUGCUUUCCAAUUUACUUGCUGAUGCUGGACAUUGGGGGAGUGUACUGAAGAUAAGAAGUUUAAUGAAGGAAAGAGGAGUUCAGAAAGUACCUGGAUACAGUUGGAUAGAGGUCAACAACACCACCCACAUGUUUGUUGCUGCAGAUGAAAGUCACCCACGGUCUUCACAUAUUUAUUCAUUGCUGAAGACUCUUCUUCUAGAGCUGAAAAGAGAAGGAUAUGUUCCUCAGCUUUAUCUUCCAAUGCAUCCACAGCAUAUGGUGUCAUGACUGUCAUAUCCCCCUUUGUGCUGCCAACUGGAUCAUAGAUAAAAAUGUUAGCCUGUGAACCAUGGGCAGUGUUGGCAAAUCAGCAAUGGGAAUCAACAUUGCAAAGCAGAGGUGACAAAGAACAAUUUUCAAACUGUCUAAAAUACAAAAUGUGCUGCUUUUGUGCUUUCUGUCAAAGCUUAGGAGUUAUGGAAACCAUAUCGGAUCAUGUCCCCACCUCUCCCCUUUGCCCUCCCCACAGGCAUAGCUCCCAUAUUUGCUGUUUCAGGCACAGGUACCCCAGCAGCAAGGCUGGUGAAAAGGUUAAAGGCUAGGUAAUUACAAGCAAAUGAGAGAGAAGGGUGUGUGUAUGCAGACCUGAAAGAAAGACAUGUUUAAAGUGAGUAAAUAUGUGAUGUUUGCAUUAUCUGUCAAAUUAUAUAUUCUUUGGAGCAUUAAUGUGGCAUAAGAAAUUGGAGUGCAGAACGUUUCCUCCAGCUAAUGGGGAAUCAUGCCUGAAAAUCAGACCCCAGGAAAAUGUUCCCCAGGCCCAGGCAUAAAAUGCUGCUUACCUAAAGGAACACAUUUAGAAACAAAACAGGGUGGAGGUCAUUUUCUAGAAUAAGAGGACAGAGACUCUCCCAAGUAACAUGUGUUAUGGUCAUGGACAUGAGUAUUGACAUCAAAUUUUCACAUAUGCAUGCAUGACAUGCAUAUAUGAUGUUAGUUAAGUGACAUAGGUGUUGCCUGUGUUUGUAUGUAGGUUAAUUUAAUAUAAACUAUAUGCAUCUUUACUCUGAUUUCUACUUGAGACUGCCUGAUACAUAUAUGUACGGAUGACAUGAGUAUUGACAUCCAAAAAUAUAUAUUUAUUUAUUUGUUUGGAAAAAAAAUUAAAAAUUAUAUAUACAACAUUAGAAAACUAAAGAGUUGUACAUUGUUAAAAAAAGAAAGUGAACAUAGUUUUGGGAUGAACUAAAAAAAGGAUGAAUAUUUAAUAAAAAAUCAAAAUUUAACAAUUGAAUUUUUUUCUUAUCAAGUUCAAUUUUGGUGAAAAGGAGAUUCAUAUUUGGUUCAUUGAAUAAGAGAGAUACAUACACUUACCGUUAAGUUAAAUAUACAUACAUAAAAAUUUUACUUUUUUAAAAUAGUAAAAAUGUAAAAUUUUAUUUUUGUACAAAAUGAUUAUAUAUGAAUACAUGUAAUACAUAUUACUAUCUUUGAAUAUAUGUUCAUAAAAAUUGUAGUAAUAACAAUCAAAUGAAAUCUAAAAAAUGUAGGAAAUAAAAAAGUUAAGAAGGAGGCCUGGAAAGUAAUGGUAAACAUGUUAGCACUAAUAAGUAAUGAUGACAAAUGGUGAUUAAUUGGAGGAAAAAAAUGUCUCCAAAUCAAGCAGGAUCCUUUCUCCACCACAACUUUUAAUCUAAAGAGAGGAAUUGUCAGAAUGAAGUCUGUCUUACAAAGCAUAUUCUGCAUUUGUGGAUGUCAAAUGAUGUCUGGAAAUAUAAGUGACAUCACUUGGUAGACAAGAUAUAUACCCCAUCUUUAUAAGUUGACCUUUCUU